UUGAGUAGGGGUAAAGAGGGAAACGAUCCCUCUUGUAGGUAGUGCGCAGUCGAGGGAUCCGGGCGGCGCGUGGAUUCACGCGGCAGCUCUACAUUUUUCGAUUUCUAGGGUUUCUCGAGCAGGGAAGGAGCCAUGUCGGCAUACGCAGAGUCUUAUCAGCCGGCGGUGACGCAUUUCUGCCACGGGUGUAAUCUCUCGGUGCGCGCAGUGACCACGGACGAUGUGAUCUGCCCGUUUUGCCAGGGGGGUUUUGUGGAGGAAAUCUCUAGCGAUGAGGAAAUUCCGGUGGCCGCAAGCACGAAUUCCGCCCCUGGCAGCGCCGCUCCUCCUCCUCCUCCUCCUCCUCCUCCUCCGCCAGGGCCAGGAUCCACAGCGCCUGAGUAUCCACCCAGAGUUAUUCCACAGCGCCAUAUGUUUAUCCAAACGUUGACAGCCUUGAUGCAAGGUGGUGGAGUUGGGAACGUAGAGUUCGUUGUGGACCAUGUCGGCAACCAGGGUUUCGUUGCCGACAAUGGCGCCAACCCGGGCUCGCGCCGCACGUUUGGCAACUUUGGGGACUACUUCUUUGGCGCAGAUUAUGAUCACCUUCUCCAACAGCUUGCCGAGAAUGAUUUAAACCGCUACGGCACUCCGCCCGCGUCCAAGACAGCAGUGGAAGGCAUGCCGACUAUGAAGAUCACAGACGAGCACCUGGCCCAGGAUUCCGCUCCGUGUGCGGUUUGCAAAGACGAAUUUGAGUUGGGAACAGAGGUCCGCGAGAUGCCGUGCAAGCAUUUGUACCACCCGGACUGUAUACUUCCUUGGCUCAAGCAGCAUAACUCGUGUCCGGUGUGCCGGUUUGAGUUAGCGACGGAUGAUGCAGAUUAUAACCAAGCUCGGAUGCCUGGGACUGCUGGCAGUGGCGGAGGAGGUGGUCGCAGGGGCCGAGAAUUUCUCCGGGGCCAUCCGUAUCGGGUCCCAGUGCCUCCAUGGCUAUUGGGGAGUGAAGCGUCUGGGUCUGGGGGUGGCGAGGAAUAUGAUAGCUUGCGGGAUGUGGACUAAGCUCUUGAUGUCAUCUGAUUGUUUUUUCCUACAGUACCUAGCUGCAGCAGCAAUGUUUCAUUUCUUACAUUUGGCACAAGAGGGACACUAUAAAUGUAAAUUGCAUCUGUCAAACGAGGAUCUUCUUCU